AUUACUCAGCUGGUGAUUAUAAAGGCGCAAUAGUUGCCCAGUCAGUUUACAAACAAAUCUCAAAGCAGAAGUACCGAUAACGGGGUCCGUACUCCAUACUCUCCAGCUGUCCAGUGAUCAGUGAUCUUUCAAAGCCGAAUCGUUAUACUUGCAGUUCCAGCCAUGAAAUUCAGCCCUUCCAUACUGGUAGCCUUGAUGUUGGCCUUGGUCAGCCCGCUUCCCAGUUUUGGCUACUCCCCACGAGAAGACGCACGUCUUAUCAAGGAAUAUAAACGGGAGCGGGAGUUAAAUCACGCCAAGAUAGCCAGAGAUUUGGUCCAUCGAACCAACUGGGCAGCAUUCGGAAGUCUCUCUACAAAUAAACUUGUAGAAGGAUAUCCCAUGGUCAACAUUAUCUCUAUAGAUGAUAGCGAUGCUAAAGAGAACUCCACAGGGAGAAUCCGCUUUGUGCUAACCGAUCUGGAUUUCACUGGUCCUGAUUGGCAGAAGGACAACAAGGUUACACUACUAUUCAGUGAUGAGCAGACCUUGAAGUGCAAGGAUGGAGGCCAGGAUCCGAUGGAGCCUACAUGUGCCCGUGCCAUGAUCAGCGGCAAGGUCAAAAAGUUGGAUCCCAGCGAAAGGACCUAUAAGCCCGCUUUUGAUGCCUUUGUGAAACGUCAUCCAGCUGCCAGUAAUUGGAUAAAGGUCCAUAAUUUCUACCUAUGCGAACUGGACAUUAGCAAUAUCUUUGUGCUGGAUUUCUACGGCGGACCUCACAUUGUCAGCGCCUCCGAUUAUUACGCUGUUUCAAGUUGAUGACCUCCUCCAUAAGGAAACCACAUGACGCCUCAUAUACUUUGUUUACUUAGUGACCAACAAAAUAAAUGAUAAGCAUAUUUACUCAUUAAACUGCACAAAAAGAAAUCAAAGAGACAAAAAAGCCAGUUAUCAGUUAAGCUCUAGGAUUUCACUCAAUUGAACAUAUAUCUAUAUAAUAAAAUAAUAUGUAAAUGUGUUCCAUUCAAAGUA